AUGAUUCUCAGAAGCGCUUUUCGCAGUCUGUGCUCAAGUCUUUCCAGAGGAUUGCAAACUGAAGCGGCUUUGGAAUUGAACGAGGCGGGCAUUGCAAGGAAACCUCGACCAUGGCCUCUCGACAACCGCGGCGAAGAGAUCAGGACUGCCAAGGCCAGGCGGCUCGGUAUUUCCACAUCACCUCAUAAACUGAACAUCGUCGCCAAGCUCGUACGCGGAAUGACGAUCAACGAGGCCGAACGUCAGAUGGUCGGAUGCCGAAAGAAGCAUUCAGAGCAUGUUUGGAAGACGAUCGCUGCCGCUGUCACCAAUGCGCGCCACGCAGGUCUACGAGAGGACAGAUUGGUUGUCAGCCAUGCCUUCGUCGGGAAGGGCAAGUACCUCAGGAAGAUCAGGCCGUGGCACGGCAAAGGCCGAUAUGGUAUCGAGCACAAGAAGUACGCCCAUCUUACUGUUUUGGUAAGGGAGCUUGAUGAGGAGCUUUGGGAGGCUGCCGUCAUGCCAAAAUAUAUACAUUUGGGUUAUCGCCAUGGAGAGAAUGACCCUGACCAUGAUCGCAAUCAUCCGAUUCACAAGUCAGAUCGGGUUUCUUGGCAUAGCCAGUUAGACGUUAGCAUGAGGGCAACAAGGGAUAAUAUCCAGGGCUUACGAGCGCUGCUGGAGGGGGAAGGCGAUUCAGAGUCAGCUCCUGGUGCUGCUCCCAACGCGAAGUGA